CAACCUCCCCGCACUCUACUCGCCCCAACGACCUCACCAGAAAACCCAACCCUCCUCAGCCUUCCCGAGACGACCAGCUCCCCACCAGCGCGGACCGAGCGCUUUCAGUAGAUCAGUAACCCACGAUCGCACGAAGUAUAGAUUCUCGAACCUCACUUUACACUUCCUCUUCAAGCAUCAUAUACAAAGCCGAUCCUUGUGGAGAACUUACCAAAGUCAGCGCAAUGGCGACUUCAUCGGGCAGUGUGUUCUCCGAGACACUCCAGACCAUCACCACUACCAAGCUCGAAGAGCUUGCAAAGCAGCGCAUUGCCUUUGAAGAGGAGUACACUGCGCUACUGGCUACAGUCAAAGCCGAGAAAGAACCACUCAAGCGCUUGCUGCUCCUUGUGGAUGGAACCAAGUCGUGCUUGGGCAUCAAGACUAGUAGCACAAGAUGCAAAGAUGGCCGGUCCGGUCGUCGUGUCAUCAGCGGUAAUACGCCACUUGAAAUUGAUCUCAAGAAUCUCGACCGUUUCCUGGAGCAGGCUCGCUUUGAUCCUUCCGUGUCAGCCAAAGUACUGGAGGGCUGGGAGAAGACGCUGCUGCAGUACCUCUCAGUUCAGUCCACAAAGUACCAAUAUGCCGACCUCUACGGGAAACUGGUGACGGAGUGGCUUUCGUCGGAGAAAGACUCGCCUGUAGAUGGUGAUAUCGAGAUGACGGAGAGCUUUGAAGAACUGCCGGGCGCCAAGAAGCUCGCUGCUCGAGCCGAGUGGGAGAAGAACGUGUUUGAGCCAGCCAAAGUCGAUGUGCAAGCGUUAAAGGCAUACCUUGAUGAGAUGUUCAUCACGGACAAGAAGGACGCUGUCGCCGCUAUCCGUGAGUUGCGUAAUAAAGUGAUGGAUUUCGAGAACAGCCUCAACGCCCCAUCGCAGUUCAGUGUAUCCACGCUUCGCUGGGUCAUAAACGGACUUCAAAACUCAGAUCUACUGUCCAACGAGAAGCGUGAAGCACUCAAGGAUUUCCUUAGCAAUGAUGUAAUUCUGGCGGAGAUUGCCGACAUACUCAACGUUCGCAUGUCAGCCCUUGAUCGCUGGACGUGGGGUGAGUACGUUCCACUCGAACAACGACGGAAGAUGAACGGCUCUUGGUCCAUACACAUGGACUCCGAUGUUCUUCAGGCCAUAUUCUUACACUACAUUGGCAUAAAGUGGUCUGUCUUCUUCAAAAAUGGAUUCUUAGCUACACUCGAUCACAGCGCUUGGUUGAGUAGCCGCAAUAGCGUACCAAAGAUCGAUCGUAUGCGUCGCGCGUAUUUUCUAGGCGACCGUGGCCAAGCGGCGGCUCCCAAUCUUGAAGAUAGACGCAUAAAAACUCAUCGCAGCCGAUACUUUGCCCACCAGCUAUUGGACCACGACACUCAGAAGAUUGAGACCCAUGAGGGUGAGGAGGAAGCCGAGUACGGAGAGUACGUGGACACUUCUCGUCGUCGAAAGCGGCAGCGUGACGUGGUCUCUAAUUCAUAUUCGUCCGCAAUCGCGCCGCCACCAGUACAAAUGCAAAUGGCAUCGCGUUCGGUGCAGAUGCCAAUGCAACACCAGUCACACUCAAUGCGGAUGCAUCACAUGCACACGCAACAAACAACUAACCGAGAUGGAGGUGGUAUUGACAGCGAAGAGGACGAAGACUACGAGCACGAUCGACAGUCAAAACGACCAGUGGAGGCGAAGCAGACUCUUCUUCACCUAGUGUCUACCGAGAUCAUCGUGAAUACGCGGCUUGCUAACGAGCUCACCUGCUUUCGCACUGUUUUCGAAUCUUGGAAUUCACUUCUCCCGCAUGAAUCUGUGCUCUCUAUACUCGAAUUUCUUGGUGUUUCUGAGAAGUGGAGGAAGUUCUUCCAAAAGUUCUUACAAGCACCUCUCAAGUUCACGGAUGAUCAGUCGUCUGAGCAACGUGUUCGACGUCGCGGAACGCCUGGGUCGUACACUCUGAGUGAUGUGCUUGGCGAGACAGUGCUAUUCUGCUUGGACUUUGGUGUGAACCAAGCCACCGAUGGCGCACUCAUGCAUCGUCUCUAUGACGAUGUCUGGUUCUUCAACAAGAACUACAAAAAGUGCGUCAGCGCCUGGGCAUGUAUCCGCAAGUUCACGAAGGCCACAGGAGUCCAGCUAGACGAAAAAAAGACCGGGAGCGUUCGCAUUUCUCAGGACGUGAAGCUUAGUAUCGACGAGCAUCUGCCUGAGGGUGAAAUCCGUUGGGGCUUCCUUGUUUUGAAGGCAUCUAAUGGUCGAUUUGAAGUCGACCAAAAGAUGGUAGAUGGCCACGUGGAAGAACUACGCAAGCAGUUGCAGGGCAAGUCGAAAAGCGUCAUCGAUUAUAUCCAAGCUUGGAACUCAUACGCAGCGACCUUCUUCAGCUCAAACUUUGGAAAAGCGUCCAAUUGUUUUGGUCGAGAUCAUGUCGACAAGAUGCUCGCUACGCAUCGCCACAUCCAAGAGAGCAUCUUUCCAGGUAGCAACAUUGUGCAACACCUCAAGAAGAUGAUUGAAGAGCGUUUUUGCGUCUCAAGUGUCCCCGAUGGCUUUCUCUUUUUCCCCGUUGAGCUCGGGGGUCUAGAUCUCAAGUCGCCGUUCGUCGGGCUGCUUCAGAUUCGAGAAUCUGUCAACGAGAACCCUUAUGAUCUUCUUGACGAGUAUGAAGAGAAGGAGCGGGACGAUUACGCUUCUGCUAAACGUACGUUCGACAAGGGCGACAUCCGCAACAUGCGAUACAACACGGAGGACCCGAACUGGAAGCCCAAAGACGCCGAUACUUUCUUUUCCUUUGCUGAGUUUAUUGCGUAUCGCGAAGAGUUUGCCAGUGUUGGAAAGGCUAAGCUGCGUAGCACGUACGCCAAGUUGCUCAAGCGUCCGGCAGAAGAGCCUAUCGACAUUAGCGUACAGGUCCGUCAGGCCCUGAACCAGCUUCAGGGUCAAAACAACUUGCGUGGUAUCACCUCUGACUGGAGUUCCAUGGAUGCUUAUUGGAAGUGGGUCGCACAGAUGUAUGGCCCGGAGAUGACGGAAAAGUUUGGUGGCUUGAAUGUUGUCGAUUUCGGACUGCUACCGAUCGGCAUGGUUUCCAUGUUUCGACAGCGGCGGACCAAGUGGCAGGGUUGAGCGCAUUCAGGCUGUAAUUUGAACAGUGAGACGGACCGUGAAAAGUGCCCUGAGUGGCAUUCGGAUUAGUAAUGGAUAGUUUACACAGUGAAGUGAAUAAAUAAAAUUCAUUCGGACG